CAACGUUUUAGUGUUCUUCUUAAAAUUUACAGACGAAUUUUUCUAGUUUUCGAACUCUUUAGACUCUCUUCAAUGGCUGAAGCGACUAAGCACGAGGGAGCACUUGAGAAAAAAUUGCUCGAAAAGGUCGGAGAAGCUAUCUCUUCUAUUGGUGAUGCGAAGCACGUCGACGAAGUGAUCUGCGCUAUUCAUUCCGUCGCCGUUUUUCUCUUUCCGGUCGACCCAUCGUUCUUUUCCGGGAGUAUUGGUGAGACAUACAGAGAAAGGGUCUGUAGCACCGUUGUUCCUUCUGCAGAUGAGAGAGAUGACUGGUCGCAAACGUUCUUCCGCGGGGUUUCAUUUCCAACGUUUGCUCGCGUUUUGCUGCUUGAUGUUGCCUCGGAUUGGCUAUCCUGCUUCCCUGUCUCAGUGCAGAAACAUUUGUAUGAUUUGUUCUUCUUAGAUGGACCUGUUAUCGAGGUUGUUCAGGUCUUGGUACCAUUCCUGCAUCAUGUGGACAAAAAUGGUGGCGUUAAUGCCAAUUCUGUCCAGACCAAUGUAGAAAGGUUGCUUAUAUUGUGUUUGCUUGAAAAUGAUGGAGUGCUCAAGAUAACUAAAGAAAUUGGUGAUUGCUAUGGAGGAGAGAAUUCUAGUAGUGGAAGUCUCAAGCCUUUGCUAUCCAGGCUAUCACAGAUCCUGACCUGCAUUCCUGAUAAAGCACGGUUAAAAGCCCCGCCUUUACUUUCUUCUCACUUGUACUUCAAGCACAUUACCAAUCAGCUCCUACAAAUAUUGGACGACAAAGCUUCCUGCACUGAGGCCAAUAGCACAGCUAUCAUUUUGUCAUUUGUCGGAGAAAUUUUUUCCCGCAUCUGUCGACGCGGAUUAUCAGAUUUGCUGUUAAGUGAAGUAACACCUCAUGUCCUAGCUCAUGUUCGGAGGUUACUAAACUCAAAGGAGGGUUUAUUUGAGAUAGAAGCAUUUCAGUUGGACCCUACACCUCGGAUUUGGUCGAAAACUAUGGAAGCGGUGACAGACCCGUAUGCUGUUGAGAAAAUGGCUGAACAACUUUUACAUCAGCUAUAUGCUAAGCAUGCUAGUGAUGUUGAAGCUUUCUGGACUAUAUGGACUUUGUUUCAUCGCAAUGUAAAACACCAGGCAUCACUGAGGCAAGCAAAAAUUUCUUUUUCGGUUCUUGAGUGCCCACCGGUUACAAAUACACUUGCUAAAGGUGACAUCACGCAUGAACUGCUUGAAACAACGCAGCGACUAGCAUCGGUUUGGUCGAAAGAGGAUUUUCUGCGGUCCGUCCCAUUGGAGCAGCAAACUUAUAUAACUACAGCUCUUGGGCUUUGCCUGGAGAACAUGUCAAAAGAGGAACUAGAUAGAACGAAGGAUGUAAUGCACAAUAUUCUUCGAGGAGUUAGCUGUAGACUGGAGAACCCAGGAGAUCUUGUAAGGAAAAUGGCUAGCUCUAUUGCCUUCGUCUUCUCUAGAGUGAUUGACCCGAAGAAUCCUCUGUACCUUGAUGAUUCAUUCACUGGGGAUGCAAUUGACUGGGAAUUUGAAUUGCAAACGGCUGAGGGAAGGGUCCGGGCAAUCACAAGUUCAAUGGGAAACGAAGACGGUGAAACGAAAACAUCAGCCUCCUUGACUGAAGUAAAUGACUCUAAUGGCAGAAACAAGGAAAAGAAAAGUCGCAAGAGCAAGGAGAUAUCUCAUUUUGUUUUGGCUGAUCCAGAUGAAAUUGUUGAUUUGGCAACCUUAAACUGUGAAACAGAGAGUGACGGAGACGAUGUUGAUGAUAACGCAAGUCUCAGCUCUGAUAACUCAAGUGUUACUUCUUUGGAGCCAUAUGAUUUAAUAGAUGAUGACAAGGAUUUAGGGAAACAAUUUACACAUUUGGUGGAUGUUGUUGGAGCUCUUCGGAAAUCUGAUGAUGCUGAUGGGGUGGAAAAAGCGAUAAAUGUUGCAGAGAAACUUGUGCGAGCCUCACCUGAUGAGCUGACUCAUAUAGCUGGUGAUCUUGCUCGGAUUCUUGUACAGGUUCGCUGCUCGAAUAUAACAAUUGAAGGUGAAGAAGAUUCAGCAGAAGAGAAGCGGCAAAGAGCUCUAAUCGCGUUGCUCGUGACCCGUCCAUUUGAAUCCCUCGAAACUCUGAACAGUGUUUUGUAUUCGCCUAACGUAGACGUAAGCCAGCGCAUAAUGAUACUUGAUGUCAUGGCUGAAGCAGCUCGAGAGCUUGCUAGUUCCAGGACCUUAAAACCUAAACAUGCAGCACAUGGACCGCUGAUAUCAGAUAUAUCAGAUCCUCAACCCUGGUAUUUGCCUAGCAGUGCGAGUACCCCAUGGAAAAAGGUCUCAGAGACAGGAUCUUUUCAUCUUAAUUGGGCAAACCGAUUCGAGAGGGAGCUACAGCCAAAGCCUGGACAGACGAAGAAAGGAAAAACUCGAAGAUGGAGCCUCAGAUCACGUGAUAGAGAUCAAAACAGUACUGACUGGUCCCAGAAUAGGUUUCCACUAUAUGCAGCAGCGUUUAUGCUUCCAGCCAUGAAAGAGUUUGACAAGAGACGACAUGGUGUUGACUUACUUGGCAGGGACUUUAUUGUCCUUGGAAAGCUUGUUCACAUGCUCGGCGUUUGUAUGCAGUGUGCAUCAAUGCAUCCAGAAGCAUCUGCGUUAGCUAUCUCUCUUCUAGAUAUGUUACAACGAAGGGAAGUAUGCAAUCACGCAGAGGCCUACGUCCGAAGGGCGGUUCUUUUUGCAGCGUCUUCUGUUUUGGUUGCUCUUCACCCAUCGUACAUAGUCUCAGCCUUAGUUGAAGGAAGUCUUGAACUUGCCAGAGCUCUUGAAUGGAUCAGAACAUGGGCUCUUCAAAUAGCUGACUCAGACAUCGACCGAGACUGCUACACAAUGGCUUUGUCAUGUCUCCAACUCCACGCCGAGAUGGCUCUCCAAACUUCCCGAGCUUUAGAAUCAACUGGUGGGAGUAGCAGCAGCGUUGGACCCAUGAACAUAAGUCUACCUUCUGCUAUCUCUAAGCUGACCUCAAUCCAACUUCCUUCUCCAAAUGUUCAUCUCUAGUAGAAACCUCACUCCCGUUAGUUUGGCUAUAAUCGUUCAUGUAUAGCAAAUAGCAACAUUUCUUUAACUAAAGAAUGUAUUGUGUAUUAAUACGAUUUUGGAUAACAUAUUACAAGUUUUAAGCUUUGAAAAAACAAUCUUGUUCUUGAUUACUUAGCCAAACAUGAAAGUGAAUAUCUCUAUAUCAGGUGUGUGUGUUAAACCACUUUGAUUAACAAUUUAAAAUGACAGAUGCGACCCAUUUCAG